CUGUUAAACAAAAUCAGAUAAAAUCAAACCAUGAAAAUAGCAUAACUUCAAAAAUAAAUGAAUUAAUCUAAAACCUAUGUGUCACUCUUGAUUAUAGCCUGUAACUGAACACGUAAAAACUAUAACUCCCUCAGUCUAGAAUUCAUAGUUACAUAUGAAAUUUGAGACGAUCGAAAACAGAUGUUACAUUUGCUAGAUAAAGAUUAAUCACGCAUAAAUUUUCAAACGUAUCCCCACUUAAAUGGAGUGCUAGAUACAUGUGAAAAUAAAGCAGCUAUUAAAAAAGGCAUGUGUACUUGUGGUGAAAGGUGAAACCUUAUAUAUGAGAAAUUAGGGCAGUGUGACAAUUAAUUCUGGAAAAAGAGAGUACAUAGUUUUAAAUGAAAUUGAAAUUCUAUCUAAACAAAUGGUAAUAAGAUAAAAAAAUAAAAAAUAAAAAAUAAAAAAAUCAUUCAUUUUGCUGUAUGUUCUAUCGGCUUGACCAGAUCAUCAUCAAAAAAUGAUGAGUUCAAUGAUUCUGAAUAAUCUGUCUCGUAGUUAGUCACUUUCUCAAUGAAUAAAAUCACCCAUUUCUUUAUUUCUUCCUCUCGUUUUCAUAGGAUUGCACUUAGAUUAUAUGUAACUAGUUAUAAAGAGAUAUGGAAGAGAUUUGGGAAGGUACUUAAGUCCGAAGCAAAACUUAUGGGUUUCUACAGUAAGAUACUUCUGAGAUAUGACACUUCGCAAAAAAAAAAAAAAAAAAAAAAAAAAAAAAAAAAAAAAAAGUGCUUAAAAAUGUUAAGCAUAGUCUCCCAUUGUAAUCUUGAGGCGUCAACAUUGAGAAAUAGGAAGGAUUAUUUCAGGAUAAUUCCUUAUUAUCCUUUUAGUUAAAGGUAGCUACGUAAGGAAUUUUACUAGUUGCCCGGGUAGUAUAAAUAGAAGGGUGUAGCAACUCAGAAAACUCAGCACAAAACCAAUAGCCUUUUCACAAGUUUCAAAAGAUAUAACAUCAUCUCAGGCUUCUCAUCAUCACUCUUCCACCAAAUCAAAACAAAAGAAGAAACCCAAUAUUGUUUAAGUCUCUAAAUAUGGAAGUAGUUCAGCAUUUAGUAGAAGGAAAGCCAGUGGUGAUAUUCAGCAGGACUUCCUGUUGUAUGUCCCACUCAAUGAAACAGCUUAUCAGCAGCUAUGGAGCAAAUGCAACAGUUUAUGAGCUCGAUGAAACUCCACAGGGACAUGAAAUUGAUACUGCAUUGCAAAAACUUGGGCAAGUACCUAGUGUGCCUGCGGUCUUUAUCGGGCAGAAGUAUGUUGGUGGGGCUAAAGAAGUCAUCAGCCUUCAAGUUCAAGGAAGACUGGUGCCAAUCCUAAUGGAAGCCAAGGCCAUUUGGGUUUGAUGAUGCAUCAGAUUUGUAACCUUUUCUUUAUUUUUUGUUCCCCUAUUUACCCACUCUCUACAUCAUAAGAGUCUCUUAAUCCUCUAUCUAAUUCAGCCCUUAAAUCAGGUCUGGAACUAGUUUUGUAGAUCAUGAUUAUAAUUUAUAAUGUAAUAUAUGUUAUCAACACUUCCAAAACUUUAGAAAAAGUCAUUUGUACAUGUACACUUUCUUUGUUUGAAUCCUCCAUUUUCAUGAUGCUCAAUUAUCCAAAUUUUAUAACAUUUUAAACUAAUUUUCAGCUAGAAGUCUAAUAUAAACCAUAAGCCAACAUAUUUACC